AUGGGUCUCAUCGAGGCUGUUACCCCUCACAUCUCCUUUUCCUCCGUCACCCUAGUCGUCCUUGGUGCCCUCACUCUUCGGUACAUUGUCUUCCGCAUCGACGAGCACAUACACAUCAAGCGCCUGGGCAACUAUGCCACCAAAGUCUCGUCAUGGGCUCCCUUUGGCCUCGACUUCACCUACGGAAUCGUCAUGGCCUCGCGGCGGUACACCCUCCCCGAAUAUUGGCGUGACCACCUAGUCGCCUCGCCAAGCUACACGUGCGAAGCUCGCACGAUGGGCCGCCGCCUCAUCUUCACCGCGGACCCGGACAAUAUCAAGGCGGUGCUGGCCCUGCAGUUCUCCGAUUUCGGAAAGGGCCACAUCUUCCACGACUCGUGGAAGGACUUCCUGGGCGACAGCAUCUUCACCACCGACGGAACCCAGUGGUACACCUCCCGCCAGCUCAUCCGGCCCCAGUUCACGAGGGACCGCGUCAGCGACCUCGAGUGCUUCGAGUCCCACGUCGAGACGCUGUUCCGCGCCAUCGACAACGGGGGGCCCCUGGACGGACAUGAUCAUCCCGUCCGUCGAGGCGCCGGCAGCGGUAGACCCCUCGACAUAAGCGACCUGUUCUUCCGCUAUACCCUCGACGUCAUCACCGAAUUUCUCCUCGGCGGCGACACCGGAUCUCUCUCCUCCCCCCGCAACGAAUUCGCCGACGCCUUUAACGAAGUCCAGCGCAUCCAGAACUACCAGUCCCGCGCGGGCCAGCUGCGGCCCUUGCUGCCCAAGGCGGCCUUCAAGCGCGGCCUGGACGUCAUGAACCGCUUCGUCAACUCCUUCAUCCAGCGUGCCCUGCGCCUCAGCCCGGACGAGCUGGCGGCCCGCACCGAGGGCGACAAGAAGGGCAGCAGCUUCCUUCACGUGCUGGCCGGUUUCACGCGCGACCCCAAGGUGCUCCGCGACCAGAUCGUGUCCGUCCUCCUGGCCGGCCGGGACACGACGGCCUCGACGCUUUCCUGGGCCGUCUACGAGCUCGCCCGCCACCCGGCCGCUGUGGCCAGGCUGCGGCGUGAGGUCCUCGACACCGUGGGCGCCCACGACACCCCGACCUACGCCCACCUCAAGAAUAUGCCCUACCUCAAGGCCGUCCUCAACGAGACCCUGAGGCUGUACCCGAGCGUGCCCUUCAACGUCCGCCUCUCCAUGCGCGACACCACCCUGCCCAGGGGCGGCGGGCCCGACGGCUCGGAGCCGCUCACCGUCCUCAGGGGCACACCCGUCGCCUACUCUCCGCUGCUCAUGCAGCGCCGUCCGGACCUGUACCCCCCCGUCUCCGGCACCUUCGCCCACCCGGACGUCUUCAGCCCGGACCGCUGGCUGCACUGGCACCCCAGGCCCCACGACUACAUCCCCUUCAAUGCCGGCCCGCGCAUCUGCGUCGGCCAGCAGUUCGCCCUCACGGAGAUGAGCUACGUGCUGUGUCGCCUGCUGCAGCGCUUUGAUCGUAUUACUAGCCAUAUGCACGAUAUCGAUGGAGGGGUCCCCUUUCUCAAGGCGGACGUCAUCUUGUCGCCUGGUGACGGCGUCAGGGUUGCCUUUUGGGAUGCAAAGGGUUGA